AAAUGCUAUCUUCCACAGUUGUCAUUAAAGUAUUUGAUGUAAAAAAAAAUAAAAAAAGAAGUGAGUUUUGGCACUUGGUAUCAUAAAACCAAAAAUGUCAUCUUUAACCCUUGUGGUGGUGGUGGUAGUGUUAGUAAUAUUCUCGUACAACAGUGUGGAUGCCGAUGAACAACAAACAUGUUCUCAAAGGUGUGGUGUCCAUAACAUCACUCACCCUUUCCGCUUGAAAGAUAGUCCCAUAAAGUGUGGUGAUCAAAGGUACAACCUAUCAUGUGAGAACAAUAACCAAUUGAUUUUGUACAACGAAAGUUUUGGAAAAUAUUAUGUACAAUCAAUUAACUACAACAACUUCACUAUACGAUUAUUGGAUUUCAAUCUUCUUUCCUCCAAUUCUAAUUCUAAUUCCCUCCUUCCAUAUUCUUUAGGCCUCUAUAAUUUUAGUUUCUACACCUCACCCUACGUACCUUAUCAUGAAUACUUUUCGAAUGUAUCGCAAACAUCUAUGUUGUUUGUGAGUUGUCCAAAUCGGACGGUUGAUGAUGGUGGUAAUUGUAUGAAUAGUACUUUGUACGGGAAUUCUUUCUAUGUUAGUAGCUACGAUAAAUCUCUUUUGCAAUUGGGGAUGGAGGACACGUGUCGUAUAGAAUUUAUGUAUCUCACAUCUUGGCCUAUUGUUGAUUAUGGUAGCAACAUUUCUUGUAUGGAUAUUCGUCGUAUGAUGUUUUAUGGAUUUGAACUUUCUUGGUUUAAUAGUCUUUGUCAAGAUGGUUGGUACGUGUACUUCGAUCACAAUAACAAUCCUCGUUGUAAACGUUCAGAAUACGGAAAUCUUGUAGCUCUGUUUGUCGGAUCUAUCAUCAUUUUCAUAUGUAAUCCCCUCAUAUUCUCUUCAAUCAAUUUAGGUGAACUGGGUUUUUUGCUCAGUGUUGUUAAAUUUGUUCUUGGUGCGCCAUUCAUCAUUGUACUAUUAAUCUACAAAUGGCGACGAAGACAUUUAUCUAUGUAUGAUGGCAUUGAAGAUUUUCUCCGUGGUGACAAUAACAUCAUGCCUAUAAGGUACUCUUACAAAGACAUCAAAAGAAUGACACAAAAAUUUAAGACAAAACUUGGUAAUGGAGGCUAUGGUUCUGUUUUCAAAGGACAACUUCGUAGUGGUCGUUUUGUAGCCGUUAAAUUAUUGGACAAAGCCAAAUCCAACGGUCAAGAUUUCAUUAAUGAAGUUUCUACCAUUGGUAGGAUUCACCAUGUUAACGUGGUACAUCUUAUUGGUUUUUGUGUGGAGGGUUCAAAACGUGCUCUUAUAUAUGAAUUCAUGUCAAAUGGGUCACUUGAAAAAUACAUAUUUUCUCCUAUUGAAGAAAGUUAUUCUUUGAGUUGCGAAAAAUUGUAUGACAUUUCUCUUGGAGUUGCUAGAGGCAUUGAGUAUUUGCAUAAUGGAUGCAAUAUUAAAAUUCUACACUUUGACAUAAAGCCUCAUAACAUUCUUCUUGAUGAAAAUUUCAAUCCAAAAGUUUCUGAUUUUGGACUAGCUAGACUUUGUCCUACAAAUAAUAGCAUUGUGUCAUUAACUGCGGCAAGAGGAACUAUUGGAUACAUGGCUCCGGAACUAUUCUAUAGAAAUGUUGGAACAAUAUCUUACAAAGCAGAUGUUUAUAGUUUCGGGAUGUUGUUAAUGGAGAUGGCUAGUAGAAGGCGGAACUUGAAUGCAUUGGAUGAGCAAGAAAGCCAAAUUUAUUUCCCUUUUUGGGUAUAUGAUCGGUUACAUGAUGGAAGGGAAGUAACAUUUGAGAAUGACACAAAUCAUGAAAUGAAAUUAGCAAAGAAAAUGAUGAUUGUGGCUUUGUGGUGUAUACAAACAAAACCUAGUGAUCGUCCUUCAAUGGAUAAAGUGUUGGAGAUGCUUGAAGAAGAUGGGGACUUAUCAAUGCCAAAUAAACCUUACCUUUAUCCACAAGACCUACCAGUAGAGGGUAGAAAUGAUAGUAUUAGCAACUCAUCGACUUCCUAUGGUACAUCAAUAAGUGAUCCUAAUGAACCAACAAAAUCUGUUUUUGGUUAUUAGUUGAAUUACAUGUCAUCUAUAUCCUACUUUGUUGGCUCCAAACAUAGAUUAAUUAUAUGUUAUGAUGUAGUUAUUGUUCAAGUGUGAGUUGUUAGUGUUGUAUUAAUUUUUUUUUGUUGAAAUAAUAAAUUAAAUGUUAUAUAUAUAAAAAAA